AAGGGAAAUGUGCAGUAUACAGUACGACUAACAUCACCCGUAGUCCGCUGAUUGACGCUCGGCUAGCUCUAUCAAGGCAACCUCACGUGGUGAGUCAUAUGCGGGAUGGAUAUAAGAGUCCUGUUUGAUUUAGGUGAGACGCAACUGAUCCGGGAACGGCAAAAUACCCUUUGGCUAUUGCACAAGCUGUCCCAAUUCCAAGACAAAGCAUUCGAACAGAGUCUCCUCCGCAAGCAUGGCAACGAGCCAGUCUCCGACGCCUGUCAAGGCGCCUGCGCAUGUUCUGUCCUUGCUGGAUAGACUCCACAAAUUAUCGAUGGUCCAAGAAGAGGCAGUGACUGCCGAAGAUUACAGAGCGGAAGGCUUCGACAACUUUAUGCGCGAUAAGUUCAUUGCUCUGGACCAAGACAAAUGCGAGUUUGUAUACCAACUCUGUCUUGCCAUCAACGCAAAGAACAUCGUCGAAGCUGGAACGAGCUUCGGUGUGAGCACGAUAUACCUCGCUCUUGCGGUCUUCAACAACACCAAGUCCGGAGCAGCUCUCGGAACUGUCAUUGCGACGGAGUGGGAGAAGUCCAAGGCCGACAAAGCCAGAGAGCACUGGAGAGAAGCGGGAGACGAGAUUGCAAAGUGCAUCGAGCUCCGAGAGGGCGACAUUCUGGAGACGCUAAAGGAUGGCUUGCCCGAAGUCGAUUUGCUCCUGCUUGACAUUUGGGCGCCCUUAGCUCUGCCUGUCCUCAAGCUGGUCCAACCAAGGAUGCACCGCGGCGCCGUGGUCAUAGUGGACAACACCAUAAGUUCAGCGUCAAGGUACAAGGAUCUUCUAGAGUAUCUGCGAGCCUCGGGUAGUGGCUUCACAAACCUGACCUUGCCUUACACGAAGGGUUUGGAGAUGAGCGUGUACAUGCCAUGAUAAUGCGCCAGUUGCUGAGAUAUGAUAUAUGUUUAUGGAAGCUUUCAACAAGCUGCCUCAUUGCUCUUGAUCGAGGGUGAUCUCCAUGGCUCCGCAAGCUGGCUUGAUCACAAAGAAAUCUACCAUCGUGGCGUCCUUAUCUUUCAUGCUGUCUGCGAUUCUAGCGGUCGGGCACGCGCGGAAGAACCGUGCUACAGCGUGAAGAAGCUCCAUGC